GUGCCCAGAGCUUGUGCUCCCAGCCGUCGCUUGGUGUGGCUCUGUACCACGACGGUGAACUGCAUCGUCAUGUGCUUGAAGGCCGUGGUUUCAGACGGCUGACCAUGCCAGCUAAGGAUGCAUACCUGACCGGUGGCAGCCUUGCUGCCAUAGUGGCAUGGGUGGCACGAGACCUGAUCUUCUCACUCGUUGUCUUCGUUCUACCAGACAAGAUCACUGGCAACCUUAGGAAGAAGGGCAUCACGACGAUCCGUGGUUUCCAGGUUCAGGACGUGGUUCAGAUUUUGCUGCCUCUUCCGCUGCAGCUCUUCACUACUCCGCUUCACUUUCUAGGCAUCUCCUUCGUCGCCCAUCCCGGCGCAUUGGGUGCAUCGGCGCGCGUCGCAGCCGCCUUCCGGGAGUUCGGACUCCGCGUGGGCAUCCGCUGUGCGCGCGUGCUGGUGCCAUAUUGCUUCGGUGCGGUGGUCAAUCGCAAGCUGAGGACCUACUUCGCGAAGCUCCGUUCGUCGGAAGCAUCGGAGGCCUUGAGAGCCACCGGCUCGGAGCUUUCUCCUCGCUCUGGGCGAGCCUCGCUCGGACGUGCUUUGCUGCUGCUCUCGGCCCUUUACGUGAUGCAAGGGGCCCAUCUCUUCCGGUGGGCUCUUCUUCUUCCAGCAGUGAUGCUGGUGACACGGUUGCCCGCAGUUCGAUCGCCGAAGGCUUUCUUAAUUCCUCUAGCGACUGUGGAAGCCAGAGGGCCCGAGCCGUGA